AAGUAAGUCACUAUUGAAGAAGAUCUAAUUAAAUAACCAUUUUUCCUGCCAUUUAAAAGGAUUCACAAUCGUUAAUUCCUCUCUUGUAAAUAAUGAAACAACUCCAGCAGGAAAUUAACGGAACUUGACUCAAUGAGAUAUGGUUCUGAAGUACUGAUCAAUUAGCUUGUAAUUUCACUGACUCAACUAAACUUUUAAACCUCGUAGAAUUACAUUGUGAUAAACAUAUUUAGAAAUGAGCCACCAAAAUACUUCAAAUUAUCCUUUAAGCUCUCAAUAAAUCCUUUGUAGCUACUCAAUAUGAAGAAAAUGCAAAGCACGAACAUUUCAAAAUGCAAAAAUCUCACGGCAAGGAUUCUCAGUACUCAGGUCGCUGGUUCAUGACGGAGAUCAUCGAGAACCCUUACAUGCCAAUGAAGAAAUGCAUCAGUUCCAAGUACGACCUCGACGAAAGGCAAGACGGUUUUGAAGUGACCACUUCAGGACUGGACGCCAAUGACGAACACGAAUCCCUCCAGGGAAAGAUCUACCACACAAGCAGAUUCCCCAAGGGCCACUUGCACCUCGAUUUCCCUGGUGUUAUUGGCAGCCCUUACAAAGUGAUUGAGACCGACUACGAAAACUACUCUUGCGUGUAUUCCUGCAUCGACUGGAGUGGAUACAAGACAGAGUUCGGCUUCGUCUUCUCCAGGACACCCGAGAACGAAGGAGAUGCUACUGAGAAAUGCGCCGAAGUCUUUGAGAAGAAUGGCGUUAACUUCGAUAACUUUGUCACUGUUCCUCAUUCUUCAGACUGUGAUUAUGAAUCAUAGAUUAAAUCCACUAUCAUUUGAAUGUUUAACUUUUAAAUUCUUGUCUUAUUGCUUUCUUUAUUUCUUUAUUUUUGUGUGCCUAUCCAAGGUGACUCUAAUAAUAAAAUCUCUCUGAAAAUCCUUUAUCAUUUCUUUCCAU